AUGCAAAAAAUGAGCUACAUCUUCCCCCUGCUCUUCACGUGCCUGGAUGUGUGUGUGGUGCACGCCAUCCGCUUGGCCCACCUUUCCCCACUCCUUUUCUCCCAUCCAUUCAUCACCCUGUGGGGCGGAGGAGUGAUCAGGGCCAUCCUCCUCGCCUUCCUCACCUUCACCUACCCUGGAAGCCUGCCAUGGAUGAGCAGCUUUGAGGGGCUGCAGAGCUUAGGGGUCCUUUGCUUCCACUUCCCGGUGUACACCACUUUUCUCUGGGCGCUGGGGCAGUCGGUCAUGGAGGAACUGUGGGGGUGGCACUCCUGGGAAAGGGUGUUACAGGGUUAUGCUGUGACCGUCGUAGCUUGGCUCUACUGGAGUCGAUAUGUGUCGUCUCUGUUGCUGUCCUGGGGUCGAUACGUCUCAUCUCUGUUGACAAGGGCGCCUUCGGAGAAGCCCAAAGACGACACCAUUUCCCCUCUGAAGAGGCUGAUGGGAUACAUGCUGCCCUAUAGCGGGCGCUUUGUUUUUGUGCUGUGUCUCGUGGUUCUCUCUUCGUAUGGUGAAAUGGCUGUUCCUCAAUACACUGGUCGUGUGGCUGACUGGAUCAUAAAUGAAGAAGCGCCUGAUGCAUUCACAGAAGCCAUCACAGUCAUGACGCUUAUGACUAUUGCCAGCGCUGUGCUUGAAUUUGUAUGUGAUCUCACGUACAAUGUCACCAUGAGCCGCAUACACACAGCAGUGCAGGGAGCUGUCUUCCAGGCUGUGCUGAAACAGGAGAUUGCUUUCUUCAAGGCCACAGGUGAACUUGUGUCCCGCAUUACCACGGAUACCAACGAUAUGAGCGAGGCACUGAGUGAGAAGCUGAGUCUCUUGAUGUGGUACUCGGCGCGUUUUGCCUUCCUCAUGUUCUUCAUGGUGAGCCAGUCGUGGAAAAUGUCCCUGCUCACUUGCAUGGGGCUGCCCAUCAUCUGGGUCAUACCAAAGCUCACUGGACACUUCCACCAGACUAUUGCCGCAAAGGUUCAGGAGUCACUGGCCAAAGCCAACCAGGUGGCCACAGAGACAUUCUCCAGCAUGAAGACAGUGAGGAGUUUUGCCAACGAGGAUGGCGAGACAGAGAGGUACAGACAGCGGCUGGAGGAUACGUACGCCCUUAAUAAAAAGGAAGCAGCAGCCUAUGCAGGCUCGACCUGGGCCAACAGCAUGACCACCUUGGCCCUGAAGGUGUGUAUUCUGUACUAUGGAGGGACUCUUGUAACCAGGGGGGACGUUAGCAGUGGAGACCUGGUGUCAUUCGUCCUCUAUGAGCUGCAGUUUGCCUCGGCUGUUGAGGCUGUCAUGCAGUACUACCCAGCGGUGAAGAAAGCAAUUGGUGGGUCUGAGAAGAUCUUUGAAUAUUUGGAUCGCAAACCUGACAUAUACCCAGAGGGCACCUUGGCCCCCGAAAAGCUUAAGGGACACAUUCAAUUCAAAAAAGUUACAUUUUCCUAUUCUGGUAACAAAGAUGAAAAUCCUGUGCUCAAGGACUUGUCUCUGGACAUAAAGCCAGACAAAGUCACUGCCCUUGUGGGGCUUAACAGAUCAGGGAAGUCGACCUGUGUCAAGCUGCUGGAGAGAUUUUACACGCUCCAAGCAGGGGAGAUCCUACUGGAUGGGAAACCACUGAAAAACUACAAAAACCAGUACCUACAUGACAAGAUUGCUGUGGUGAGCCAAGAUUGUGUGCUGUUUGCUCGCUCUGUGCGGGAGAACAUCAAGUACGGCUACGAGGAUGCCUCUGAUGAGGAGAUGUUCAGGGCUGCCAAGAUGGCCAGUGCUCACGAGUUCAUCAUGGAGCUGUCGAGUGGAUACGACACAGAUGCUGGGGAGAAGGGAGGCCAGGUGUCUGGAGGCCAGAAGCAGCGCAUUGCCAUUGCCAGAGCUUUAAUCAGACGUCCUAAAAUCCUGAUACUGGACAACGCCACCAGUGACUUGGACACAGAGAAUGCAUACCAGGUCCACCAAGCUUUGUUGAGCCAAACCAACAACUGCUCAGUGCUGCUGAUAUCCAACAACAUGAGUGUUGUAGAGAAGGCCCAUCAUAUAAUUGUCCUCAACGACGGGACGGUGAAGGAGGAGGGCAGUCAUGAUGAGCUGUUGAGGAAAGACGGCCUUUAUGCUGAACUGGUGAGGAAGCAGAAUAUGGGCUUCCAUCGUCGAGAAGAGGAGACGAAUGAUAGACACUGACACCUGUGGGCAGGGGUUGCUCAGUUGAAGGAAGGUUGCAGGUUAACUGUCCAGACUUGAAGGGUCAAAACUCCAGUAAUAUUUGCACUAUAAAUAACAACCUUAUUAGGAGAUCACACUUCAUACUACAUGAGUUGCUGGAGUUUUUGCCCAUAAACAACAGCUGUUUCUCAGUUCAGGGGCUGCAGCCUUUGAUGGACGUGGCCUUCGCGGUCGACGUCAGCCAGGUGCUUUGAAGAUUGCAUCAGCUAAACCAAACAGUCUCUGAAAUGGGACGGUCUGGUCUACGGAGUAUUUCCUGGUUGCAUCACCAGUUGUUAUUGCCCUGACCCAUUGAUGCUCCUGUUACCUAGCAACCAGCUGCGCUUGACGAAAGACGGAGUAAGUUAGUAAAUUAGUUAGUUUGAAAUCAUGGACCCAGAGAUUGUUAUUAUAUAUAUAUUUUUUUAAAUUUAAUAUUUGAGGAGAUGAUUCACCGCCGAAGACACUGCCAAUUGAUAUGUUUCAGAUAAACUUAUUUAAUUUAAACUAAAUUAAGAUUGUUUAAGCUGUGUGCUUUAGCUAAUAGCAGUGUUAACAACAGUUAACCAUUAGCUAGUAAACAGCUAUUAGUUAACUUAAUAUAUAAUAGUCACCGGCGCACAAUGCAUCUUGGGAUAGGCUGGGCGAGGAAGGAUUCAUCUGAUGCGUCCUCCAAAUUCUAGGAAAGAAGGCUGCAUUUGAAGGAGCCUUUGAAAUGGGACGGCCACGGUCGUGCCGAUGUGAUGCAAUCAGUUUUCAAAUGCAGCUUUCAAAGGCUGCAGAUGAUGAAUUGAGACACAGCUAAUAUUUCCCUUCUCUGUGAACCUUAGAAGACGGUGAAGUUGUGCUUGAAAUCCCUUAUCUUGGAUUUCAGACCCUGGAAAAAUGUAAGUACCCUUCAGUUAGAAGCCCCUGGAGGCGUCUGAACCCCAACUGUUCUGGGAAGACUGGUCCUACUUGGACUGGGAGGCACAGACAAAAUUCUCUUUAAUUUAAAUAUAUAUCGCAAAAUUUGACAAAUGCCAUAUAAAGGUAUUACAUCAAAUUGAUGCACAUCAUCAUCUAAAAUCAAAUCUUGCUUAUUGAUUUGCAACAUUGCCCACGCUGGUCAAUACAACUGUAGAUACAGUGCAGGAGCUAAGCCUAUUACCUGCAGCUACAUUGACCUGGCUGACGAGCUUUGCAACGGUUGAUGCCACAGCUUCAUCGGUUGUGUCGCAUUCAAACAAUAGACUGCAGGUUCCAGUUGCAGAAUAACCAUCGUAUUUAUUCAUAUCACUAAAACAUAGGUUGAAUACAUGUCCAUUUCUUUAUCAUUAUUCCAAACAGAACACACAGCACGAUGCACACUGUCUCGCACCACAGCGGUCAAAAACCUUUUGCUCUUCCAGGGUGCAACACCUGAUGGCAACAAUGUUGUUCCUACCUUCAUACCCCAAUAUCAAUACAGCACCACGCAGUGUGCACCAUAGUAAAAACAAUUCAGGUCUGCUGAAUGACAUAUUUGGAUCUUACAUACAGUAUUGAAGGGAUAGUGCCCAUGGUAUAUAAAUUAUAUGGCAAUGCUAUGAAAAAUAUCAGCUGUUCCAUGGUAUUUAUUGUCAUGUUGUUGACUCUAUUUCCGACCGGGAAGCUUCCAGAUGCCAAAGGGCAUGACUGGAAAUCAUCCUGAAGAGAGUUUAUGACUAUCGUACACUGUGUUGCUUUUGUACUUUGCAAAUAUAGAUGUAGAAGAGAUCAUACAGCUAGAUUUUAGGUAUUUCAUAUUGCAAUAAGUAAGAUUGAGUGUUUUUUAAUGUUUUGGUUGUAGAUAUUUUUCACAUUUGUCUUUGUUUUAUUUUUCCUGUGCUUUUCCUUGUAUUGAUGAUUCUCUAAUCAUGUACAUUUUUUCAACUUGUGAACACUGUUUCCCACCGCUUAGCUCUGACAAUGAAUUUGACUUCUGGAUUUCUUCUUUUAGAUAUUUAAUUUUUUUUUAAAAAUCCCUAUCCUGGAAGAAGCAAUUUGGGGCUCUGACAUACCACUAUUUACAUGUGUUUGAUUUUUCUUGCAUUUAAAGGACCACUUCACGAAUUUUACACAUGAAGGUCAGUUCAUUUGUCAUGAGGUGUAUGUUUGACUCAGCCAAUAAAAACAAUUGUAAAAUAUUA